CAAAAUAAUCGUUUAACGAAUUUCAGUUUUAGUGUUUUUGGAUAACAACAGAAACUGAAACUGAAUAGAGUGCAUUCAACAAAAAGAAUAAAUAAACAACAUUCUCGUUUCAUUCAAAUUUUUCGAAAAGUUUAAAAGUUCAAAACGACGCGCUUCCUCCUUUGUGUCUGUGUGAAAAAUCCGCCCUUAAAACCAGUAGCAGCAGCCCAAGUAGCAGCAGCGACCCAAAGCUAACCCAAGUCAAAAGUUGAGCUCGAAGCCGAGGCGGCUAACCUCAGGCGUUGAUGGCAGCCACCAAAAUUAUCGAUGCACCGCGCAACGGUCACGAAAUGGCGCCACUGAACACGAGGGCGCGCGGGGAUGGCACCCAUGGUGUGACCAUUGUACUGACCGCACCGCAACGUAACUCAGUGCAAUCGGUGGAUAUACCGGGCGGUGAACCGGAACGUGCCGCAUGGAGUGGUAAAAUGCAAUUCUUUCUCAGCAUUAUAGGCUACUCUGUGGGUCUGGGUAACAUCUGGCGAUUUCCGUACCUGUGCCAACAGAAUGGUGGCGGUGCAUUUCUGAUACCAUUCAUGAUUAUGCUAAUACUCGAGGGCAUCCCGCUCUUUCUCAUCGAGCUGGGUAUUGGCCAACGUAUGCGAUUGGGUGCUCUGGGCGUCUGGAAUACAAUACAUCCCUGGCUGGGUGGCAUUGGCAUUUCAUCCUGCAUUGUGACCCUCUUUGUCGCGCUCUACUACAAUGUGAUAAUCACGUGGGUGUUCUACUAUCUUUUCAAUAGUUUUCGUUACCCACUGCCCUGGUCCACCUGCCCAACAAACAGUAGCGGCUUCGAACUAGAGGAAUGCGCCAAGUCGUCGGAGACCACGUAUUUCUGGUAUCGGACUACCCUAGAUGCUGCACCGUCUAUGGAUGAGCCUGGCGGCCUGAAAUGGUGGAUUGUGCUCUGCCUUAUGCUGUCCUGGACCGUUGUCUUCUUCAUUGUCAUGAAGGGUAUACAGAGUUCGGGCAAAGUUGUCUACUUCACCUCUCUCUUCCCCUACAUUGUGCUCACCAUUUUCUUUAUACGUGGCAUCACGUUGCGUGGAGCUGGCGCCGGACUCAUGCACAUGUAUACACCGAAGGUGGAGAAACUGUUGGAGCCGACGGUGUGGCUGGAUGCAGCCACGCAGGUCUUCUACUCCUUUGGACUGGCCUUUGGCUCACUGAUUGCCUUCGGCAGCUACAACACGCCCAAGAACAACUGCGUCCGGGAUGUGCUGCUCGUUUCCGUUUGCAAUGCAAUAACCGCUAUUUACGCCAGUGUCGUCAUCUUUGCCAUUCUCGGAUUUAAGGCAACCGUCAAUGUGGACCGCUGUGUGGCGGGCAACAUCGAAAAACUCGUUAAGCACUCUCUACUACCAUUCAAGAAUGCCACCACUGAAGAAUACGAAUCCGUCAUGCAAACAAUUAAUAGCACAGAGCACACCGCCCUCAAGCUGGGUGAAUGCAGUCUGUCCAACGAGUUGGAUAAUGCAGCCGAGGGUACUGGUUUGGCAUUUAUUGUCUUUACCCAAGCAAUUGUCGAGCUGCCGGGCGCACCGUUUUGGGCGGUGCUCUUCUUCACCAUGUUGUUGUCGCUUGGCUUGGGCUCACAAAUCGGCAUACUCGAGGGCAUGCUGUGCACGCUCUUUGACAUAGACAUCAUCAAGCGGGUUAAGAAACAACACGUCACUGGUGUGGUAUGUCUUUUCUGCUUUACUGUCGGUUUCAUAUUCUGUACAGGUGCCGGAGAGUAUUGGCUAAAGAUGUUCGACUCAUUUGCCGGUACCAUAGGUUUGGUUGUAGUCGCGUUAAUGGAAAUGAUUGCUGUCAUCUUCAUAUAUGGCCACGAGCGCUUUACGGAGGACAUUUACCAGAUGACUGGCUACAGACCUGGCCUUUAUUGGCAGAUGACCUGGCGUUAUAUUGGACCGGUGAUUAUGGUCUGUAUCUUGGCGUCGUCGGUCGUCUUUAUGGUUAUACGUAAUCCCACGUAUGGCGCCUGGAAUGCAGAACGGGGCGUCGUCGAGCAAAAGGACUAUCCCAAUUGGGUUAUGGGAAUUGCCUUGUCUAUGAUAUUGGCCGGCGUACUGCCCAUGCCGAUUGUGUUCCUAAUGCGCAGCUUCCAGUGCCUGAAAGUGGACUUGGACAUACACCAGGGCUCAAUUCGGCGCAACGAGACGACUGCUUCUACUAAGGAAAUGAUUGACAAUGAUGAUGAUGACGACGAAGACGAUGAGAAUGACUUUAGCGGGCCAGCAUUGGGUGGACACGUGAAGACUCAGAGCGAUUACUCAGACGAUGAUGAUGAGGAGGAUAAGCCGAUGACCAUGCGUAUGAUGAUGAUGCGUCCCUCGGCAACAACAACGACGAAAAUGGCCAACAAUCAUCUAAAUGUGCCAACAAGCAAAAAGCAAAACAAAAACUUCAAAAUGGAUGCAUAUGAUGUGUAGAUAAGCCGAGAGAACGGAAAUGGAAGGGAGAGGUAAUGAAGCAAAAACAAAAGAAAACAAACAUUAAAUUUAGGUACGGUAUGCAAAAAUAUUUUCAAUUUAAAAAAUGCGAAAAGCGUAAAAGAUUAGUAUUUUAAAAACAUUCAUUUCAAACGUUAAGUUUUAAGGAAAUAAUUGAAGAAUUAAUCAAAUUAAAUAAUAUAUUAAAUAUAAAACACUAAAUUAAUGUCGAAAUGAGGAAAUACUAUUAAGUACAAUCUACAUACCUAUACUUAUGACACACUAAUGAACUACUUACAACAAAUCUUUGCAUGUAUAAUGAGCUAAAACUGAACUAAAUUGGGGUUCAAGCAAUGCUAAGAAUUCAACCUACGUAUAAACAUUAUUUAGUUCAAAUGCUUUAAGCUUAUCCGUAACAUAUUGGUACCAGAAACCAACCAAAAAAACCCAAAAAAAUAAACAAACUAUAUAUGUACAUAUAUGUAUGUACUGUAUUCAAAUGUAUUUUAUGAAAGCUACAGAUAUGCCCGUUAUGUUAACUAGUUAAUGCCAGAUCUAAGUUUAAAAUGCUUUGUAGCUAUAAAAUGUAGUCGAGCGCAUUUCCAUGAGUUUAACUCAAUCUAUAAACACUUAACACACUAUACAUAUAAAUCAUGUCAAGAGAUAACAAUUAACAAUUUCAUAUACUACAUAUAAUUUGCCUGCGAUUCGUUCAUACAUGCAAAUAAUUCAAAAUUUCUAAAUAAAUAAUAAAUAAUGCAGCAAAAUAAAAAUUACCCCAAACUAAUAAAUGUUCAAACUCGCUUUACAAACCAAAUUAAAAAUAACAGAAUCAAACCAAAAAGAAAAGGAAAUGUAUUUAAUAACACAUACGAGUAAUAAAAUUAACAAUGUUACGAUGAAUAUGUAAUCUGGUUAAUAUUCGAGAAAGUAUAUAUUUGACAUUAACACUUAUUACAUAACGUUUAGGAAUUAAGGAUUUGAAAAUCUUACACACUAUUAUUUUGUAACUAAUGAGAAAGGUCACUCUCUAUUUUAAUUAUAGGCGUACACGAAAAAAUAACACACAAUUAAACGAGAAAUUAUUUAACAAAAGGAAACAACCAAAAAUGUAAAAGUGUGAUAUUCUAUAUAAUAUCUUGGAAUAUUGUUUUAGUUCGAAUAUUCGUUAACUCCUUUUUUUUGGAACCAAAGAAUUUCAGCCACUUUAUUCAAUUAUUUCUGUGCAGCUCUUUAACUUCUUGAAAACUCAAUAUAUCUAUAUGUCUUGAUUAAGUUCAGCUCCAUAGAACCAAUUUUUUUUUUGCUUACGAAAUUUCAAUACUAAAACACUGAAAAGUGUUUUAUUAUAUUAAACACAAAAAACUGCUGUGAAUAGUUUUAGUGGUUGUAUGUAAAACUCUAAUGGGAAUAAAAUACAAAUUCUAAUAUAAUACUAGUUAUAAGUCCCGUGCAUAAAUAUUUUAACAAACUAAUGAAAUGAUUUAUUAACCGAAAGUUAUGCAAAUUGGAAGGGAAAUACGCAAAGAUACGCAAAUGUCCUAACACUGCAGUUUUUAUAAGUACUCCUAUAUAUGAAAAGUUCGGUUUCUGACUCAUAACACUUUACAUUUAAUUCAGAAAUCCAGAGUAAUGGAUACACAACUUGGUUUUUUUAAAAUAUUAUUUUUAAUUGUUUUCUAUCUGGAAAAUUCAAGCAGACGGCAAACGUUGAAGACAAUAAGACAUACUUAUUAAAAACAAAAAACAAAGAAAUAACUGAUGCCAUUUUUUGAGCAAGAACUUUAGAAAUUUUAGCAGUUGACGUAUUGAAGUGAAGAUUUUUGCAAAGCUCAGAGCAGACUGUGCCAGUUUUUAUAAACAUAGACAUACUCGUGCAAAAUGUACAGUUUUGGGUAUUCAGUUAUUAUCCUAACGCGAAAAUAUCAUUUUGAUAGAUGUACCUUGGCAGGAGCAGCAAUUGAAAGGGAACUUUGAAACAGGUCAUCGUUGGGAUUUUUGCAUAUUUGAUAAGCCAGCAUGUAGACAGAGCCUAGCAGUUGUUUUAUAUAUGUUUUAUGUUAAGUAUAUAUACAUAUAUGUAUACAUAGUUAUAUGAUACUGUUGUCGAAAUCACGCACUAGGCUAAACAAUACAUAUUUAUAUAAAUAAUACUGUAUGUACAUAUACAAGUACAUACAUAUGUACAGCAUAAGUCUGUUGUUCAGAUCUUUCAUACCCAUAGUCAGAAAGUCCUCGCAAAUAGCAGGCCACAACCAAAAGAAAAAAACACACCCACAACCAUUGAAACCAAAUAAAUACAAAUAUAGUAACAUAGAUCAAAACGGAUUGAAAAAGUUUACUCGACCGCCCUAAAUACUUGCAUCUAUUUGUAAGCUAUAAAUACAUAUUGUAUAUCAAUUACUGUACGAGUAGUAGUGUUAAACAACCUAAACGAAAUGGACUCGUGUAAAUUAAAUUGUAUUAAACGAUUAUGGCGAAAUACCUAUAUGUGUAUGUAUGAAUUAUGUAUUAUUAUAUAUAUAUAUGCAGGUAAUUAUUAUAAAUAAAGA